AAUGGAUAUUAUGAAUGACUGAUUUUAACGGUCGUUUACUCGUUACUCGUUAGUCGUUUUUGAUAAUCUCACAAAUUUGAAAUUAUAAGUAUCAAUUAAUUGUCCCAGUAAAUUAGUUUAUGAACAACACUAAAAAUGAAGAGAGUUGGGAGCCAACCAGCUAAAAUUCAAAAAAAGUAUAGAGUAGAAGAUGAUGCGAAAGAUCCCAUUCAAGUUUAUUGUCGAAUUCGCCCUGUACAGUCCAAUUUAGAAUCGUCAUGUAUCAAAGUUGUUUCCGAUACUGAAAUACAAAUAUAUUGUUCACCAGAUGAUAGAGGAAUAUCUAGAGAAGGACAAUUCAGUUACAAAAAAAUAUUCACUGAAUAUGAGUCCCAAGAUGUGGUCUUUCAAAAUAUGGGAUUGCCACUCAUUGAACAACUUUUGACAGGAAAGAGUAGUUUAAUAUUUGCAUAUGGAAUAUCAGGUAGUGGCAAAUCAUACACAAUGACUGGUAACCAGGAAGAUGGUGGUAUUGUUGGAAGAUGCUUCGAUGUCAUAUUCAAUUCUAUUCAAAAUUACCAAGCUGGAAGGUAUACUUUUAAACCUGAUAAACUUAAUGGAUUUGAUGUACAUAGUAUGGAAGACAUUUUGUUUUUUAAAUCUGAAGAAUUCAAAAACAAUGUUAAAAAUCCUACAAAAACAUCAAAAAAAAAAGAUGCAGAUGCAGAUCGUAUACCAUUUAAUUAUAAAGUUACAGAUAUAGAACAAGAUGUAGCAUACUCAGUCUUUAUAAGCUACGUAGAAAUAUAUCAUAAUUAUGUUUAUGAUCUUUUAGAAGAUGUAUCUGAUGGAGAAAUAAGACGAAACAGUAAAAUAAUAAGGGAAGAUGCUAAUGGAAAUAUGUAUGUGCAUGGAGUAAAUGAACAAGAAGUAAAUAAUGCAGUUGACGCUUUUGAAUGGUUAAGAAAAGGUCAAUUGAGAAAGCGUACUGCACCAACCUUUUUGAACAUGGACUCCAGUCGCAGUCAUACAGUUUUUACUAUACGAGUUGUACAAGCACCUUUGGAUACUGAUGGGAUAAGUAUAAUUCAAGAUAAGAAGUAUACAGUUGUGAGUCAGCUGUCACUAGUAGAUUUAGCUGGAAGUGAACGAGCUGGGAAAGCAAAGACAACUGGACAAAGACUUCAUGAAGCUGGAGAAAUAAAUAAGUCACUAUCAAAUUUGAAACAAUGUCUUAAAAUAUUAUAUGAAAAUCAGUCUUCUAGCAAUUUAAGGAAUAUUGCUGAGAAAAUCCCUUACAGAACAUCACGUCUUACACAUCUAUUUAAAAGUUUUUUUGAAGGUUCUGGUUCAAUCAGAAUGUUAAUUUGUGUUAACCCUAUGUCUGAAUAUACAGAGCUUUUGCCUGUUCUACAAUUUGGUGAAAUGUCUGGAAGUGUUCAAGUCAAACGAACAACCCCAUUACGUAUGGAUAUAGGCUUGACUCCAGGAAGAAGAAAAGUCAUUGAUAUUCAAUCUAUUAACCGCAUUCCUUGCGUAAUUGAGGAAGAUGCUAGAUAUCCACAAGAUAAUAAAAUUAAUUAUGAAUCAAAAGAAAACUGUUUUGGAAGUUAUAUUAAUUUGGGACCUCCAUUGCCAGAUUUGGAAGUAGAUGAUUUAUUAGAUGAUGAGAAGAGAAAAGAAUUAGUUACUGCCCUUGAUCAGAGAAUAAGAAAAAAGGAUGAACUUCGUGAAAUAUUGAUUACUCAGAGUAAUGACAUUCGAUCUCAGAUAGUAUUCUUAGAAAGCAAUUUUGCAGGUGCAAAACAAGAAAUAAAUUCACUGCAAAUUCUGAGGGACCAAGAUACCAAUAAAGUUAAGCAAUAUCAAAACAAAUCAUUUUUACUAGAAAAUGAAAUGGCGUCGCUAAAAAGAAAAUUAGAAUUUUUGGAUAGUGAGAACAAAAGAUUAAAAUCAGAUUUAAAUGCAAAAGACAACAUGCUAAAUCAAGUUUCAGUGGAUAAAGAUCUGUUAAAACAAAAGUAUAAUACUAAAAUUGUUAAAAAACAAGAACAGUUGUCCAGAGAGUUCAAAGAUAAAUGGAAGGUUCAAGAAAAUGAGUUUGAGGCUAAAUUACAAGAUAAGAAACGCAAAUUAAGACACAUCAAAAAUAUAGUGGAAAGCACAGAAAAUAUUCCUGGCCAUUUUUCCAGGCGUAUUGUGAAAAGAACCCUAUCUGAUGAAAGCUUAAAUAAAAUAGAGCCAGUUGUGAACAGAGAUAAACCCUCAGAUUCAAAACAAAAUGAGCCAUCACAAGCAACAUUAAGAUACUUACGUUCAAGACGAUCCAAAUCGUGUGACCCACAUGAACGUUGGAUUGAACACAAACCCCCAGCACCUAUUCCUUUGCAAACUAUCAUGCAACCCAAGUUGAAGAAGCGCAAAUCCGUUACCAAGUUGACAGAUGCCAAAACAGUAUCAAACAAUGGUGCAUCAAAAUAUUGUUUAUUGACACAAGGUUCAGAUGAACAAGGCGUUCCAGAAGCUAAACUAUAUAAAGCUGAUAUUAUACAAACGAUGGGAGGAGGUGCUCAGGUUGUGUUCAAUGAUGUUGAAACGUUAAAACAGGAUUCGCCAUUAGGUGGAUCUCCGGUGAAAAACCGUAUCCAGGCAUAUAAUAAUGAAGUAAAGGCUCAUAGAGGCGGUCCAGAUGAUGUACAAGCAAAAUGCUAUGGCAUCCAAGGAGGGUUUACUCCGACGUCCAGAAAAUGAUUUAAUUAUAUAAAUCGUAUAUCGUAAUGAAUUACAAACAAAAAUAUAUUAAAUUUAAGGAGAAUUGGCUACCGUAUGUGAUAUCAAUUUUAAAUUGCUUUUUAUUAUUAUUAUAUAUUCAUAAAUAUUAAAUAUAAAUUGUACAUAACAUUACUUUAAGAACUUUUAAGUUUUAUGUAACUUACUAUUUGUAAACAGAUUUUUUUUUAUACCUUAAUUUGACAGUGCAAGGACUAAGGAAUCAAUUCCAUACAAAAUGCCAUCUCAAUGAUAGUUUCUGCUCUAUAUUAAUGUCAGUAUGAUUUGCGUUUUAUAUAUAUUUUGAAUGUUUUUUUUUAAUUCACUAUAAAAUCAAUUGUUUUGUUUAUUUUUUUUUAAAUUUUUGUACUAUAGUUUUUUGGCAUUAUAUAAUUAUUUAUUUAUAACUAAGUUUUACCUGCAGAAGUGUUGUGAAAUAUUUUUAUAAUAUAUUAUAUACUACAAUAAUUUGUGUAUUAAAUAAAGCAUGGUUUUUUAUUGA